AUGCGGCUUCCAUGGUGUGGCGUGGUGCUGUGGGUGGCAGCGCAGGAGGGGGGCGAAGCUGUGGCGAAGCGCCGGCACCAUGAGGGGAAGAUGGUGUGUCAAUAUUGCCGAGUCAAGGACAAGGCCUUCGGCAGCUUGACAGUGUGGCAGAAGUUCCCCAGCGAGGAGGAGGCCAAGAGCUUUUGCGAUGAGAAUCAGGACUGCAUUGGCUAUCACUUGCAUCCACAUACGAAGAUUCUUGGCGAUGGGUGUUGCCUGGCUCGUGGCCUAGGCAGGCCCUGUAACGGCUGGGUGGGUGCGAAAGUAGCGUGUCAUUGGAUUUCUUACUCAACCACUUACAGUACAGUGGCCUCAGAGUAG